AUGGUGGCCGUUCUACAGAGCACAUUUGCAAUAAUUUUCAGUAUGGAGUUCAUAGUGGGAACCUUAGGAAAUGGAUUCAUUAUUCUGAUGACCUGCAUAGACUGGGUCCGAAGAAGAAAAAUCUCUUUAGUAGAUCAAAUCCUCACUGCUCUGGCAAUUACCAGAAUCACUCUAAUUUUGUUGGUAUUCAUAGAUUGGUGGGUAUCUGUUCUUUUCCCAGCAUUACAUGAAACUGGUAAGAUAUUAAGAAUGUAUUUUAUCUCCUGGACUGUGAUCAAUCAUUGUAACCUUUGGUUGACAGCAAGCCUGAGCAUCAUUUAUUUUCUCAAGAUAGCCAGCUUUUCUAGCAUUAUUUUUCUUUAUCUAAAGUUUAGAGUUAAAAAUGUGGUUUUUGUGACCUUGUUAGUGUCUCUAUUUUUCUUGUUCAUAAAUACUGCUAUUGUAAAUGUAUAUUUUGAUGUGUGUUUUGAUGGUGUUCAAAGAAAUGUGUCUCAAGUUUCCAGAUUGUAUAACCACGAACAAAUUUGCAAAUUUCUUUCUUUCACUAACCCUAUGUUUGCAUUCAUACCCUUUGUUACGUCCAUGGCAACGUUCUUUCUGCUCAUCUUCUCCCUGUGGAGACAUCUGAAAAACAUGAAGCACAACGCAGAAGGAUGCAGAGACAUCAGCACCACAGUACACAUCAGAGCCUUGCAAACCAUCAUUGUGUCUGUAGUGUUAUACAGUACUUUUUUCCUGUCAUUUUUUGUAAAAGUUUGGAGUUCUGGGUCACCAGAGAGAUACCUGAUCUUUCUGUUUGUCUGGGCUCUGGGAAAUGCUGUUCUUCCUGCUCACACGUUUGUCCUGAUUUGGGGAAACUGUAGGUUGAGGUGGGCCUCUCUCUCCCUGAUGUUGUGGCUCAGGUACAGGUUCAAAAAUAUAGACGUAUAG